AGCUGGGGCGAGGCUUGAGCCCUAAAAGAAAAACGUGCCGUAUGCAAAUUACGACGGAAGGACGGUUGUGGGAGAGUGGGCGCGGUUAUGCAAAGUGAAUUGCUCGCGCUAUGGACGGCGCUGCCAUUGGGGGGAAGCGCGUGUGACUUCACGCCGCGGCUGAAAUAUGACGUCAGAGGAUGAACUGCUGUUGCUGUAAGGCCUUUUGGGUCCUAAGAGAAGCGGCUUGAGGAAGGGCUGGCAACAGCUAGUGUGUAGUUCAUCAGGUAGUUCAUCUGUGAGAAAUUAUGUCACUACCAGUGGAUCCCAGAAUAUUAUCUCUGGCUGCCCAGGUCACUGAAAGCACCCAUCAGGAUGUUCCUGUGUUGCUGUUGAAACUAAAAGAUAUUUUAACCAGUGCACCCUCUGGAAGUAAAGAAUUGCAGAAAAUUAAGCAAGACAUAUACUACUAUGAUCUGGCUCAAUACUGCCUCUUAGUCCUUACACAAGAUUAUACCAGAGUGUUUGGAGGCUGGACAACAGCAGCCCGGAUAGCAGAGAUACUAAGCCUCUGUUCUGUAGGCCUUGAGGUGAGAGAGGAGCCUGAAGAGUUUUAUAAUAAACUACUUCCUUCUGCUGUCAACAACCUCCUCUUCUUGGGAAGGCGCUUGCAAGCUCGAUUUGUCCGAGCAAUCAAGGAUGAAGAGAAAAAUGAAUUUUUACACUGUUUCAAGACAGUAACUGAUGCCAUCUGCUGGCUGUGUGGUGGGCAUAUUCAGCUAACAGAAAAUGUGCUUCAGAAUGAACAUUUUCAGCAUCUGCUAAUGACUGACGAUGACGUAGUUUCAACUACAAUGAUGUCUGUGUUGCAGAAUGUUAUAAGGAUCAACAAUGCUGCCUUACUUCAAGUGGCUGAGAAGACCUUACAUUGCAUCCUAGAUGAGCUUGUUUACAAACUUUCAUCUACCAUCAAUCCUGUCAUAGGAAAUGCAGCUGUAAAACUGUUGCUGUUGAUUGCAGAAUCUGAUCCCCAACUUGUGACAUCAUUGGUUACUCGCUAUAAAGGACUACAGACUCUACUGAGUAAGCAGUGGACUGGCAAAGGAUUUGACAGACAACUCAAUCAACUUUUGGACUUGCUGUACUUGGAAAACUGCAAGGCGGGUGAAAUGCAGAGACUAAAUCAAGCAGCUUGCUUAAUCCAGGCAGCAUGGAGAGGAUUUCAAACCCGAAAAAGAUUAAAGCAGCUUCCAAAAGCAGUAACCACCUUGCAGAGGAAUUUCAGAGCUAAAAGAGAACAAGAGUUGCAAGAUAUAAAAAAGCAGAAAGAAGAAGAGAGUCUGCGCCAACAGUUGCAGCUUCAAAGACAGAGAGCCAUGAGGCUUUUUCAUGAACGACAACUUACACUACUGGAAAUAGUCCAUGCAGGUCAGGUAGAUAAACAUAUGCAUGAAAUGGAAGAGAAGUCGGCUUUAAUUAUCCAAAGAAACUGGAGAGCAUUUAGGGCAAGGAGAAAUUUUAAUCUGCAAAAACAGUCUCUUAAGCAAUAUAAAGCAGCUGUCCUCAUUCAGCGAGUGGUGCUUAAAUUCUUAGAAAAACAAAAGAAAAGGAAGACCUAUUCUCUCUGGAAACAGCCGAGGUCCCUUUCUGAUGAACAAAAGCUGUUAUUGCAGGAAAAAAUUAAAGACUACAUCACACGGCACCCGGCUUCUGAGAUGUCAGAAGAAAUGAGCAGGGAACUUCAUCAGCAGGCCCAGGAAAAGCUGACCCAGUAUGUACUAAAAAGAAGCCUGGAACGCAAGGCAGAGCAGCACAGAGAGGCUUUACUAGCCCAGGUCCAGACCGAUGUGAAUCAGCUGAUGAAUGCUCCAAGUCUAGCAGAAUCCAAUGUGAAAGAUUUGAAUCUCUUUAUGAGUAGAUCAGUUCCUGUGGUAGCCAAAGCAAAACAAUUGCAUAGUGCCAUGUUGAAAUACACACGCUGGCCCUGGUGGAAGAAGCUUGGAGAAGAAUUUUUAGAUGAAGAAGUGUGCUCUGAUGAUCUUCUGGAUGCUGAAGUAGGAGCUUUGUUCAUUGGUGGAAGUCACUCAUAAUUUGAAGAUAAUAUACUGUAGUGAAGUUUUGUGUUAUUAUGUACUGUGUCUGCUACGGGGAAGACCAUGUCCCAAGAUGGUUUAGCUAGUACUCCCUCCUACACAGAUGUAAUUUAAUUUUUCAGGUGAAUUAUUACUAAUAAAAUAAGUUUGUAUUUAUACAAAAAGAUGA